AAUGUGUGUUCAUUGUAAAUCUUUGCUACGUUUUUGUUUGUCGUUAACUCGUGCUUUUAUGUGUUAACAGCGGGUGCUUAGUAAAGCCCUCCGUGACGUUAAGUGAGUUGUUUCUAGAAACGGAUCCGUUUGGUGCUAAAGCUACAGGUUCAUAGCCUAAUGUAACUUCAAUGAAGUCAGUUUGUGGUUAACGUCUCGUUUGAUUAGUGGGUAGCAUCGUAAGCUAACUAAUGAUUCAAGCACUCACUUCGUUGUAACCAUUGUGUCACUGACAGUGUAAUAAAACGCUGUAUACUUAGUAUUCUGACUGAAUGCUGUGCUUGCUUGCGUUUCCAGUGUAACAGGUUUUAUUGCUGUGGGCCCCACUUUGGUUGCUCUAAAACCCAACCUCGGUAAUGGGACGCGAUGCUUUUUCAGGAAAUAGUCCGGGUUUGUGGUUGUGCUGGUUUGUCUUUGGUGGCAGAAUGAUCUAAUUCAUCUUUAAAGAAAGUCCUGCUUCCCCACAGCUGAUACCCAACAAACCACAUUGUUCAUUUUUAGGGAACCUGUUUUACUGUAAUAGUAAUGUUACAGGGGAUCACUGCCACAAUGCCAUUUUCGGCACUAACUAAUAUUAAAAUCAGUGCAGUGCAUAUACAGUGUGUGGUCAGACUUAGGACCCUCCAGUCCUAAUCGUAUGGGGGCAGGGACGUGCACAGGGGGGGUGCUCGAGCCACGUACUUACCCUCAGUCCGAAGUGUCCUCAGAGAAGGCGAGUGUUUUCUUUCUUACUCCACUCCGGGUUUUACCGGUCUUUGCAUUUUUUUUAUUAUUCUUACAGAAAAUUAAUCGACUUCUAUGUAUAUUAUUUGGAUAUUCUGUAACUGCCCUUUUUUGUUUCAGGCCACUGCCUUAAAAAUGUCUGUGCACGAUCCUGCCCUGGGGGUCACAAAGCAUUAGCAGCUGUUUCAUAUUCCCUCUUUUGCCUUUGAAGUGUCUGUUUUUUUAUUUACCUUCUCAGUUGUGUUCAGGUCUGUGAGAACAUGGCUGAGCUUGGUGAUGGUGACAAGCCGAGUGGUGAGGAUGUCAUAGAUGCAGCUGGAUUUAAACAGAGAUUAUAGCAUCUACAAGCAUUAAUAAACCUGCUGAGAAAACUAAAGCAGCAUGCUCCGAGUCUUACCAAUACAAGAUGGACUACAGCUGCAUUGGAACCUGUGUGAUUAUCAAUAAUAAGAACUUCCACAAGAAUACUCAGAUGAAGGAACGUAAUGGGACUGAUCUUGAUGCUGCUAAUGCAUCGGCGACCUUCUCUAAACUUGGUUACAAAACUAAAGUGUACAAUGACCUGACUGUGACACAGAUGAAACAAGUUCUAUCAGAUGUAUCCAAGGAGGACCACAGUCACAGUGCAUCAUUUGUGUGCGUGUUGCUGUCUCAUGGAGAUGAAGGCGUCAUAUAUGGCACAGAUGACUCGGAAAAGCUCGAAAAGCUGACGGUUUAUUUUAAAGGCAACAACUGCAGGAGUCUGGUGGGAAAACCAAAGCUCUUCUUCAUACAGGCGUGUCGCGGUUCUGAACUGGAUGGAGGAAUUGAGAUGGACUGUGUUAAGCAGCAAACAGAGAAGAUUCCUGUGGAGGCAGAUUUCUUGUAUGCUUAUUCCACUGCUCCAGGCUACUACGCAUGGAGGAACGUGACCAACGGUUCCUGGUUCAUGCAGUCACUGUGUGACAUGCUGCUUCGUCACAGUAAACAUCUGGAGCUGAUGCAGAUCAUGACUCGAGUCAACUACAUGGUGACGCGCUACUUUGAGUCUAACUCCAAUAUAGCUGGAUUUGAUGGCAAGAAGCAGAUCCCCUGCAUUGUAUCCAUGUUGACCAAAGACUUCUACUUUCCAGGAUAUGUGAAACCCUAAAUAAAGCUACGCAUCACUGUCCGAAUACCGAAACCAAAGAAUUCUGGAACAUUUUCUGAGGCUAUCCACUUCUGUCAUAACUGUGUAUUAGUUUGAAUAAAAUAUUAGUUUUGUUAGACAGGAAUCUCUGUCAAGCAAACCAUUAAUAUUAAGUUAAUGGUUUGCUUUUUCUUCUGAGAGAGCAACACACCAUGUGUAAGAUGUGUAAGACUUUGGCACAGGGGGAGCAGCACUGGUGCCAAACUAGCCUCUUCCCUCCUCCUACUUGUCCAAAAGGCACAGUUUGAAAAUUUACCAGAGGCCUCAGCAACAAGGUUGAUACAGGCUUAUCUGAGAGCCGAAAGGAAUGUUUGAACUAAAGUUUCAAAUACACAAAAUGGGAAAUAAUAGCUUUACAGAUUUAUUUAUCAAAUUUGAAUCAAUUGUAAUCGUACUAUUUACCCUAUCGUUUAAGUUGAGCAGCUUACGGUACCUGCUCUGUGUGCUCUUUGCCACCAUGCGCUUUCAAUCUGACAGUGUUACACUGUGUCAGCCAGUAAGAAACAAGUUAAGUCCUAUCUGAUUUGCUGCAGGUCUCCAUGACCAGUUACUAGCAGGGUUAUAAGCAGGAAAGAACAGGGAGGCGCAUGCUUUCUCUUCAAAAUGUAUAAUUUAUAUGUCAGCAAAGGAAUUCUUUUCAUACAAACUCGGGAAUUCAAUUCAAAUACAAGUUUUGACUUUUCUGUGGGCUGAAAACAUAAAAAAGCAAAGCAAACUUAAAUGUGCUAUUUCUAAACCACUUCCCCACCAGAGAAAAAGAGUUGUCCACUGUGUACAAGUCUGGUGAAAAGUCUGGUAAAAAAAAACAUUGGUCACAAUUCCUGCAUAAUUUUCCUGUUUUAAUGACUGAUUCACAGUUUGACAGAAUAUUAUUGUAAGUCUGUGCUUGCAUAUCAACGCGCAGCCAUUACUCCAUUUACGUAUACAGUACCUGCGCUUUAUCAAAGCACAAAUAAAUACGGGUUGUCAUCGUCUUGCUUGCAAGAUCA